AUGGCAUUGACUACAAAAAAGGUCUGGACUACGGUCCAGUCAAAGAUACGCACUAUAUUCGGUGUGGACAGACGUUCCUUGGCCUUGAUGAGAGUGAUGCUCGGUGUAAUCGGUAUCUUUGAUCUCAUUGACAGGUUCCCUGAUAUCAAAGCACAUUACUCUGACGAGGGAUUCUUACCAAGAGCAACUGCCGCCGAACAUUUCUGGCAUCCAAACUGGUUCUCUUACCAUAUGUGGAGUGGCAAUGUUAUCCACAUUCAAUUGUUGUUCCUACUCAAUGCGUUGGUUUGCUUCUCCGUCCUCGUUGGCUAUCGUUCCAGAACCAGCAUGUUCUUGAUGUGGACGUUCAUCCUGUCCAUCCAAUCCAGAAACAACAUUGUUGGACAUGGAGGUGAUCUCUAUCUCAGAUGCAUGGCCUUCUUUGCCAUGUUCCUACCCAUCGGAGAUGUCUGGUCCCUUGACAGCGCAUUCAAACGUCCAGUCAUCCGACGUGAGUUCAAGAAGUACAAUGUCCUCAGCAUUGUGACGGUCGCAGUACUACUUCAAGUAUCAUUCCUCUACGUGUUCUCAUUCAUUCACAAGACUGGCGAUGAAUGGAGAAAGGACUACACUGCAACAUUCUUGGCACUCAAGCUGGAUUACUUCAAGACUGCACCAACUGAAUACAUCGUGCCAUACUUUGAGGUGCUCAAGGUGCUCACAUUCCUCGUGCUCUACUAUGAGGGCUACGGAAUCUUGCUCUGCCUCUCACCCGUCUACACCAGCCAGCUCAAGACCCUUGGCGCCCUGGCAUUCUUUGGCCUCCACGUUGGCUUUGGUCUGUUCAUGCGUCUUGGCAUCUUCAGUCCGGUGUGCGCAGCCGGCUCCGUGCUGCUAUUCCCCGCCUGGAUGUGGGACAAGCUGCUGGGCAGUCUCAAGAGCAAAGAGAGAAGCAACUUCAAGCUCUACUACAGUGCCAAGACUGGCUACACUAUUGCCGGCAUUGCUUCGACCUUCUUCCUGUUGCCCGAGGUCGAGGUGGCCAGGAUCCCACAAAACUUCAAGGAUGUCUUGAGCGGAGGAGAUGGUGCCUACAGCAGGGACGACUCAUUGUUCAGCAAUGCCAACAACCAGCCACAGCAGAUCGCCGCUGUUGCACCAUGGAUCAUCACCAAGGAUAGCAAGGGCACCUUCCACACUGGAUACAAUGCAUUCACAUCCAUCUUGCGCGCCUCCCCAAUCCUUUGGCCUUUCGCCAGACUGUCGCAGACCAGCAUUGUCCGUGCUGGAUCACGCAAGGUCUUCAAGAUGUGGGUGGCCAACGACAAUGAGUUCAACAAGCAGUCAAAGACCGCCGCCAAUAUCUCAACCGAGGUUGGCCAGCGUCUUGACUCGUCGGACGGCGCCAACGAUGAGGAUCACCACGUGUUCAAGAAGCCCAAGGGAAUCAGACCAUUCAAGCUAGCACGCAAGGCCGUUGUCAACGGAUUCAUCGGAUUCUGCAUCGUCCUGAUCUUCAUGUGGAACUGCCAGUCGGCCAACACUGGCCUCGACAUCACCUUCCCACACAAGUACCAGGACUUUAUGUUCGCUCUCAGACUGGACCAGAUGUGGUCUAUGUUCUCACCACGCCCGCCCGCAGUGCUCUGGUGGUACUCGUUCGAGGCCGAGCUAGACAAUGGUGCGAGCACGGAGCUGUGGGCCAACGACGGCAUGUUCACGAUGAAGGGCAAUCCCGCGCCAUUCUCUGUCGGCAAGCCAUGGCCAUACGCGUCCUGCGUUGGCAACCACAGAUGGUUCAAGAUGUACGAGAUCUACAACGCCGGCACCAACUUUGAGAUCGUGCGUCGCGGCUUUGGAAAGUGGUUGUGCAAUGAGUGGAACUCGCAGCAUGCCGGUGGCGAGCGUCUAUACAAGUUCAACGUGGUCUACAGGAGUGAGCAGCAGCACUACAACUACACAACCUCUCCAUUAGAUCCAAUGGUACUCUGGACUCAACAAUGUUAUGAUAAGCCAGUUGUCCAUGUUGCACCAACUCCUCAACCUGUAUAUAUACCACCACCCCAGCAAGAGCAACAGCAGCAGCAACAAGAUCAGCAACAACAGGCUCCACAGAUAUCACCUCCAUCACAGGAAUUACUGAAGCAACAAGAAGAGAUGCAAAGGGAGUAUGAAAGGCAACAGGCGUUGUUGCAGCAGCAACAGCAACCUGAGAUUAUAGUUCAGUAG